AUGGGCGGGAAGCGGCGUUUCCCGGUGUUCAUCGUCCUCGCUCUGGCUUGCCUGAUCCUCCUAGGAACACCCUUCCGCUGGGAGAUCAUGUGGCGGAGCGACAGGGGCGACGUCCGCCGGUUGAAGAAGUGGUCCUCCGAUCUCCCCCUUCGCUUCCGCUCCGAUGGCACCUUCAAGAUCCUCCAGGUAGGAGAGAAAGGACCUCAGAGAACCCGGCCGAACCAGCGCUCCGUUUUCUUUGCGGCAGAGUAGAUUAAGGCUAGCGAUGUGAUCAGUCUCUGCCAUUUAUCAUUCACCAUUCUGCUGUAAAUUUUCCGUCCCAAGGUGGCGGACAUGCACUACGGCGCGGGGAAGAGGACGGGAUGCGAAGGCGUGCCGCCGUCGCAGCUCGCCGGUUGCAGCGAUCUCAACACCACCCAGUUCCUCCGGAGGAUCAUCAGCGCCGAGAAACCAGACCUCGUCGUCUUCUCAGGUUAAUCAUGCUCCGCCGCCGGCGGUCCCUCGCUGCUCCAAAUCAAGAAGAAGAAGUUGAUCGACUCUCUCCUUCCCUCCAUCCAUCAGGGGAUAACAUAUUUGGCCCGAGCGCGCCGGACGCUGCCCAGUCUCUGCUCCAAGCUCUGGCGCCGGCGAUGGAAGCCGGGAUUCCAUGGGCGGCCAUUCUGGGCAACCACGACCAGGAAUCCACCAUGACCCGCGCGGAGGUGAUGCCCUUCCUCUCCCGCCUGGACUACUCCGUCUCUCAGGUCAACCCUCCGGGCCCGAUCGACGGAUUUGGGAACUACAACCUCGAGGUUCGGGGGGCUGCAGACUCGGAAUCGGCCAACACCAGCGUGCUGAAUCUGUACCUCCUAGACAGCGGCGAUCGGGAGAUGUUUAAUGGCAGUCUGACCUACGGCUGGAUCAAGGAGUCGCAGCUCCGCUGGCUCCACGACACCUCCAGGCACCUCCAGGUACGGGGGAACACGCCGACCUAUCCAUCUAUCAUCCUCGGCUGGCUAGCUAUUACUGGGUCCUUUAGGUCUCGCCGCCGCUGAUCUCCCUCUUCGUCAGGGAUCGUCCACUGUCGGGGGGGCUCCUGGUCUGGUGUUCUUCCACAUUCCGAUUCCGGAGGUGAGGGCCCUGCGGGGAAAGGAGAUCGUCGGGGAGUUCCAGCAGAAGGUCUCGUGCUCGUCGGCGAACUCGGGGGUUCUGAGGAUGCUGAUCUCCAUGGGCGACGUGAAGGCGGUGCUCACCGGGCACGACCACCUGAACGACUUCUGCGGCGAGAUCAGCAGCGUGUGGUUCUGCUACGGCGGCGGCUUCGGGUACCACGGCUACGGCAAGGCAGGCUGGCCCAGGAGGGCGAGGGUCAUACAGGCGGAGCUCCGGCGGGGUGGCGGCGGUAGCUGGCUGGGCGUUGAGAGGCUCAGGACAUGGAAGCGCCUUGAUGACGGCGCACUGACCAGCAUCGACGACCAGCUCCUCUGGGAGGAGGCGCGGCGUUGA